AAAUCUAUUUUAUUAUUGUUCUAUGAUUAUAAUAUUAAACCUCUACAACAAACUACCGACUACUAUUAAGUAAUAAAUUUCUUUUAUUUUUUUAUUUCUUUAAUCAUACUGUCGUGCUAUCGCUAUGUCUUAUGGCAAGUGGUAACAUAUACCUAUAUGUGUAUACUGUAUUUAGUACUCACUAGUUAGUAGUUACUACAUGUGGUGUAUCACUGCCCACGACCGGUGUUGAUUGCCGGCAUGAUUUAAGGUAACAAACUAAAAUAUACAGUUUGAGAGCACCAUAAGAUAUUAAAUCAAAUAACCGAUGGCGUCGAUUUCGAGUGAUGAAGAUCAUAAGCCUUUGAUGUUUUUGGGUAAAGAUGUCUCAAAAAUUCCGUGCUUUCGGAACAGUUUCUUGUAUGGCAUAGUCGGAGGAUUUACUAUGGGAAUCGGCUAUUUUUUGUGUACAAGUAGAACAUUAAGAUCUACACACUUCGGUUUUGGUUCUUUUGUUACGAUAUCUUCUGUUUAUUGGAUUGCAUGCAGAUAUAACUAUGAUAAUACAGAAGAAAGACUGAACGAACUGAAAGGUAUUAUCAAAGCUAAGAAAAGUGGAACUGAUGUGAAAUGACUGAACGUCACCAAACACAUUACAAAUAAGCCAUAUUUGCCGGUCGCUGACACCCACUAAAAUCCAUCUGAAUACAUCAGUGCUUAAGUGUAUUUAGUUCAGUUUCAAAAUUGAAUUGUUUUCUGUUUAAACAUAAAUAUAUCAGGGGAAGCAGCACCUUGAAAGUGCUGUUGUGUUCUAGCUGUAUAAGGUACUUACUUAAAAUAUAAAAAUCAAAGAAGGUUGGACAUCAAAACACCAGGGCUUACUAUAGUUAUUAUAAUGUAGAAAUUAUUUUAUGUUUUUUUGUUUUGUUAUUGUAAUAGACAAAUACAUAUUAAGUG